AACUUAUCAAUUUGAAAAUGGCGAAAUAUGUUGCAAUUGUACCAGGACUCUCAAAUUUGAACUUGAAUAUUGCAUUUGAAAACGAUAUGCAAUCAAUUGCAGAUUCUAUAGAAGGAUUGAACAAACGUCUAACUGAGGAACACGCAAUAGUUCAUAAUGUUUUACGAAACAUGAUCGCCAUUUUGAAAAGCAAGUCAUCUCGUGGAAAGAUCGAAUCAAGGAAAUAUCUAGAAGAAAUACUGAGAUGCGAUCCAAGAAACUUAAAUGCGUUAGCAGAUAUAGAGCAACUCAGUCGAACUGUUCAUAGAACUACAGAAGCGGAUCAGUAUAAAUCAAGACUGGAAAAUAUCUUGCAAGGCCAAACUGCUAAUGAUCUUCGCACAAAAUCAAUUUGCUUGAUGGAACAAGGAUAUGCAAUUUUGAAUGAAGAAUCUGCAAACAUCGAACACAUUUCUAAAAAUAGACUUUCUGAAAGCUAUAGGAUGUUAUUAUCAGAGCAUAAAAAGGGAUCAGGUCGAAGAAAAGAUUAUUUACAACGUUGCGUUUAUCAUAAUAAACAGGCAUUGAGUAAUUUGCAAUUGGCCAUUGAAUGUAAACGCCAAAGUGAAUUGCUUGCUAGGAAAAUAACAGCUCUUGAGAAAUUUGAGCAGGCCAAAGGCCUGUUUGACGUUACUAUUGAGAACAUUGUUUGGACUUUUUACAUAGGUGUAGCACUCAAUAGAAAAUACGAUUCCAUUAAAGAUUUAAGUUCCGAAGAUGGCAGAGAUAGGUUUCAAGAAAAGAAAGCCAUCACUCUAAAAGCAACUGAAAUAUUUUGGAAAAUAAGUACGAAUAAAGCUACACCGAACCAAAAUUGUAUUAUAUACCAAGCAAGGUCAUAUGCACUUAUUGGACAUAUUCUCAUCCGUCGAAAAAACUGUUUCAUGACUUUUGAUGAAAAUUAUACUUUAUCAGCGAUCAGCUCUUUCAAGUUUUUAUGAAUAGUCCUAUUUCAGCAUUCGAGAGGGCGCAAGUAAUGAAUAGAAGUGACACAUUUAUUUUGAAUCGUUAUGGAAGAGCAUUAUGGAAUUUAUCAGAACAGCAUCGUGCACCAAAAGAUAAAAAAGAUUUGCUCCACAAAGCUCAACGGUUAUUGUCAAGUUCUAUAGAAGAAAGUUCUUUAAACUGGUUUGGUUAUAGCACAAGAAUGAUAGUCAGAAAAGACCUUGGACAGAUGUAUUUUGGAUAUAAUAAACCAAAAGCAAGAACUUAUUUUGAACUAGCUGUCCAAGAUGGUUACCAAUGCUUUAUUUCAAAAGGAACACCUAGAUCAAUAUGCCAGCUUGUCGAAAUAUGUCAGUUUUUAGCAAAGUUUCCAGACAUACGGCAAUACGGAUUCAUAUAUGUUAAAGAAUUUCAAAAAAGGUAUUUACUUAAUGCUUUAGAUUACCUUCACUUUGGACUCCAACAAGGCGGUCCAACUAACUACUUUCUCGCCUAUCAUAUGGGAACUGUGUUAUACGACUUAGAUGAGAUUAAAUCUGCAGUUGACUGGAUGAAGAGAGCAGUGUCUUUAUCAAAUACUAAAUCAAAUAUUGCUCUAAAGCUUAUAUGUCAAUACAUGUUAAGAAGAUACAUUAACGAGGUAGAUGAAAAACCAAAUGUAGUUUAUCUAUUGAAAGAGUUCGUGUUUACAAUGAUGAAAGGGAAAGAAAAAUAUGAAAAGAUCAUAGAUGUAUAUAAAUUUAUUUUCAAACACGAGAAAGAGGCUUUUAUGCGAGUAAUUGCUGACAUUUUCAAGAUACCACAUAUAUUAGACGGCCCCAGGGUAACGUUGAUUACAGAAUGCGUACACACUUGUACUUCUAUGUUGACGAAUGAUAUAGAGAAUUUAGACAUUUUCAAUGAAUACAUAAGAACAGUCUCAGACCUUAAACUUAUGGACGAUAUUGAACCACAGUUGGAAGAAAGGUCUCAAUCGAAUUCAGUUCCAGUUGGACCAGAAAACAACAGUUCAUCAGAAGGAUUUGUAUACGACUUCUUUGUCUCACAUAGUCAUAAAGAUGCUGACUGGGUCUUGAGCCGACUUGUAGCUGAUUUAGAAUCAGCUUUCACAGAGGACGAUGUCGUCCUUAGGGGUUGUAUAGCAGAUCGAGAUUUUGAACCUGGUAAAUUCAUAUUUGAAAAUAUUGAAAAUUCUCUCAGGAAAAGUUCAAAGAUUAUAUUGGUUAUGACAAAUCAUUUUGUUAGUAGCUACUGGUGUCAGUUUGAAACCAAUCAAGCGUUACUUGAGUCAAUGGAAUCUAGAAAAGACUGUAUCAUUCCACUUUGUCUGGAGGAGUGUGAUAUUCCCGAUAAACUGAGACAUAUAACAUACGCUGAUUUUACUAAUGAUGAUGACUAUAUUUUUGAAAUUAUGAAACUUAAAAGAGCCCUUCUGCCUGAAUGAUGAUUACAUUAUACUUUAAUUUGGUGUUUUUUUCAGAUUUAGGCAAUUGUAAAAAUCAAUAUUGAACAUUAUUAUUACCAUUAACACAUAUCUUGAUCAAUAACUUGUCUUCUUAUUUGUAUGCAAACAGUUUUUAUAUGAUUUAAUAUAAAGAAAACAUAACCAUAUAAUGUGUUGUAUCAGUCAAAAUUGAAAUACAUAAACAUUAGGGGAGAAUACAGCAAAACCUUUAAACAUAUAUUUAUGUAUUUAUGUAAUGCUUUGUUGAUUAAAAAAAAGUUCUUACAUUCCUGGAGUCAGUCCACAAAAAACUUCAAAAUAUUGUAUUUUGCUAUGCAUUUGUUAGUGACCAUAUAAUUCUAUGUCAUAUCAUAAGAUGAAUGAACUUGACAAACUAUUAGAUUCAUGAUUGCGUUACUCUGGUUGCUUCAAAUGGAGACAUACACACAUUGGAUGUUUAGAUAUAGU